AUGUGCCAGACUGUUGGUUUACAUCGGAGUUCCACCACCAAAGGGGACCCGUCCACCCUCGCCGAGACGAAGCGGCAUGUCUUUUGGCUGCUUUACACCAUUGAUAAGAAUAUAUCCCUGAACCUGGGGUUCACUUCACACUUCCAAGAUCAUGAUAUAGACACAGACCUCUUUACCCCUUCAGAUCAUCACCAGUAUCGCUCAUGGGACCUAAUGACCCUCGUCACGGCUGAGUUCGCGACGAUCCAAGGAAGGGUCUAUGAUGAACUAUACUCCAUUUCCGCCUCCAGAGCCAGUGACGAGAAGAGGUUAAACGCCAUUGAGAAGCUUUCUGUGGACCUGAUUGCUGUUCGAGACAAAUUGCUCGCGAUUGAUGUCAGUGCGGGCCUCUAUGCGGACUCGCUCCAUGGCAUGGCUGCAUGUGCUGACUUCAUCACCUACUCGGUGCUGACGGUUAUCUAUCGAGCCGAAACACGGCCACGCAAUGCCAUGGCGAUCUCCUCCCGAUGCUAUGAAGCUGCCACACUAGCUUUGCAUAGCCACCUAAAAUGCUUCACCUAUUUCCGGGGUCGUCAAACCCAUAAGCAAAUCGAAUAUGUUCAUUGGAUUCUACUCUAUCCAUCCUUUGCGCCAUUUGUGAUUGUCUUCACACAUGCGAUUACCACUGCCAGCAACGCUGACCUCAGUCUCCUCCAGGAGACGGUCAAGUCUCUCGACCUAAUUAAGGGGCUAUCUCUACGAUAG